CCCCCCCGGUUGUGCCGCUGCCGCUGCGGGUUGCGGCUGCUGUCCUGUUCGCCGUGUCCGGCGUCCGGCGAGGCGCCGAGGGCGCGACCGCGCGAGGCUGCAGCCUGCAGGCUGCCCGGCCCGGUGUCCAGUGAGGUAGUCCUCACUUUCUCAGUACAAUUUUGAUGACUUGAUGCCCUGUUUUUGUUUAUAGAUGCCAUUGUCUUGUCAGUAUUUGAUUGGAUGAUGAUGAUUUUAGUUGCUAGAUGUCACUGUUUGUCUGUUUGUUAGAUGUUGUCAUGUAGAAACCAAUUUUGACAUUGAGAAAUUUUUGUUUCUCUAAAAUUUUACAGGAGCGCAAGAUGAGCAAAAGAAACAAGACAUUGAAUUCUUUUUUUCAAGUUCGAACCACCGAAGCUGCAGAAACGGGUCCUUCAGCUCAAACAACUGAUGUUGAAUCUGCCCCUAAUGUUAGAGCUGAACUCAAACCCGGUGAUGUUGAAUUUGACCCCGGUAAGAGAAUACCAAUUGAGGUGUUAGAUCCAGACAUUAGAGAUCUUGCUAGAAGGGAGUACAUUAGUAUGGGUCCUUGCCAACCAACUAAUCAUACAUAUGAAAAGAUAAAUGGUAGGAGCUUUCAUGACUAUUGGUUCAAUGAUCAUCGCGGCUGGUUGGAAUAUAGCAUUGAAAAAAAAUCAGCCUUUUGCUUUUAUUGUUUUCUGUUUAAGCAACCAAGAGCUGAAAACUAUGGUAUUGAAGCAUUCACGAGAAAUGGAUUCAAAUCUUGGAAGGAUGGACCUAAAGUUUUUAAUCAGCAUGUUGGCAAGCAUGAUAGUGCUCAUAAUAAAUCUAGGCAACAUUAUGAGGAUUUCAAAAAUCAAAGACAAAAUCUGCCACAUGUCUUUGAUAGGGGUUCUCAGAAGCAAGAAGAAGAAUACAAAGCCCGUCUCUUGAUUAUAUUGGGUAUUGUCAAAUUUUUGAUACUACAAGCUCUCGCUUUUCGUGGUCAUGAUGAGUCUACUAGCUCAAUGAAUAAGGGUAACUUUAAAGAGUUGUUGGACUUGUUCAUAAAGAAAGACCCAAAGGUGGCAAAAUUAUUUGGGGAUGCGGGAGAUAACCAUAAGCUGACAUCACAUAAGAUAAAAGGAUUUAUGCAAGGCUUGUGCAAAAGAGACCACCAGUGCCGUUCUUGAGGAGAUUGGAGAUAGUAAAUUUGCAUUACUUGUUGAUGAGUCCAGAGAUGCAUCUAUGAAGGAGCAAAUGGCUAUGUGUUUGAGGUCAGUACAUUUGCUUGUGUGUGUGUUAUUGUAGCCUUAUAGGUGUAUUUUCUUAAAGUUCUUAUAUAUUAAUCAUGCUCCUUUGUCUUAUGUAGGUAUCUCGGCAAACGAGGGGAGGUGAUUGAGAGAUUCAUGGCAGUUGAGCAUGUUCCUGACACUAAAGCAACUUCACUGAAGGUAGCUUUGGAUGGUAUGUUUGGUAAUCUUGGCUUAUCUAUGUCUAAUUUGAGAGGGCAGGGUUAUGAUGGGGCUUCAAACAUGAGAGGGGAAUUUCGUGGAUUGCAAAGAUUGAUCUUGGCGGAAAAUCCUUAUGCUCAUUAUAUACAUUGUUUUGCCCACCAGUUACAAUUAGCGGUUGUUGCUGUUGCCAAGUGUUGUUCAUCAGUAAGGGAUUUUUUUUAGUACACAAGCAUGGUUGUUAACAUUGUUAACGCUUCUUGUAAAAGACAUGAUCAGUUAGCCCAAGAGCAACAUGAUGAAAUAGUACGCCAAAUAGAGGCCGAGGAACUUCUUGAGGGAAAAGGGAAAAACCAAUUAACUAACCUUGCAAGACCUGGUGAUACACGGUGGGGAUCGCAUCAUAAAACAUUGUGUCGUCUUGUUGAGAUGUGGAAACCAGUUCUAAAGGUAUUAGAAAUUUACACAAUGAUGCAGAUAAUGUUGCCCAAAGAACUACAGCCGCGGGGUUGAUAAGCACAUGGAGUCUUUUGAAUUUGUUCUCAUAUUGCAUCUUAUGAUUAGAUUAUUGGGCAAGACUAACAAUCUGUCACAAUGCUUGCAAUUGAAAAAUCAAAAUAUUGUACGUGCUGUGGGAUUGAUUAAAACCACAUUGGAGGAUAUUCAAGAGAUAAGGCAGAAUGGUUGGGAUGAGCUCUUCAAAGAGGUAACAGACUUUUGUGUCAAAUACAACAUUGUAGUGCCAAAUAUGGAAGAUACAAGAACUGCUAAUGGCCGUUCAAGGUCUUGGGGUGGGCAAUUGGUAACUUACAACCAUCAUGUCAAAAUUGAAAUAUUCAAUGUGUUGCAUGAUCAACUUAUUGUGGAGUUGAACAACCGCUUUGCUGAAAGGUCUACUCAAUUGUUGAGAUGCAUUGCUUGUCUUGAUCCCAAGAAUUCAUUUGCCAAUUAUAAUGAAGACAAGCUAGUAGAUCUUGCUAAUAUGUAUGCUGCUGACUUCUCUACAUAUGAAGUUACUUUUGUCCUUAGAAACCAACUAGACUCAUUCAUUCGGGAAGCAAGAGGUGAUCCACAUUUGAUGAAUUGCAAUGAUCUUGGUCAUCUUGCCAUGAAUAUGGUUAAAAGUGAUAUGCACACAACUUUUCCCUUAGUUUACCGUCUGGUUGAGUUAGCAUUGAUUUUACCUGUUGCAACCGCAACCGUGGAAAGGGCAUUCUCAGCAAUGAGCAUUAUCAAGACCGGAUUGAGGAACAAAAUGGGUGAUGAUUGGAUGAAUCAUAGAAUGGUAUGUUACAUUGAGAGAGAUGUAUUUGUUAGUAUCGAAGAAUCCAAGAUCAUUGAGCGAUUUCAAGGUUAUCGCACACGUAAAGGUGUUUUGCCUCGUCCUACACGUAAGUUUUCACAUUUUGCAUCUAUUGUUAAUUAGUUUUGCCUGCUAUAUUAUGCAUUGAUUCGCAUUUCAAAAUUGAUGAUUGAAGGUUUAGCGAUGUCUGCUAUUGAAGAUGUAGUCAUGGGAGGCUCAGAUCAACCAAUCAUUUGAUUUGGUAUCAAUCUUCUGUAUCAUUUAUCUAUGCCACAUAUUGUCUUUUGAUUUGUCUUGCUUUAUUAGUUGACCCAUCAUGGAACAAAUGCUGCCAUUGAAUAUCACGUUUGGUUUCUUAUUAGUUAUGCAAAAUAUAGAUUGAUUCUUGUAUGCCUUGAAAUUGGUUUUUAGCCAUUAGUUGCUCGCCUGGGGCGUCAACUAUUCCUGGGUCCGCCACUGCUACCACCUUUUGAUGUGUAAAUCACCUCCUCCCAUCCUCAAGAGCAGCUUCACGAACAGCACCUCUCUUACAACGUGAACAAACUCGAGAGCACGCCAGAGCAGAGAACUGGGCUAGUAGGCUCGGACGAUAACCACGGAAACCAGCAAGUGCAUGGUCCUCAAGGGCAAGGAUGAGAUUGACCAGGUCGGGUUAUGUGCAGCCACAUUGUCGAGGCCACUCAGCCCAAGGAGGUGAUGCGACGGCCUGUGGUGUCAGAAAGGGCAUGGAGGGUAGCAGCCGCAGCCGUUUAGCCCGGUGAGAAGAGGAUUUGGGCUGUGAAAAUGGUUGAAACUGCAGAUUGGGGGGGGGGGGGGGGGGGGGCGUGAAGCGGGGCAACCA